AUGCAUACUGUAGACCAUCUGCGACUGUGCUUGACCACGGCACGGGGGGCCACAUGCGAUGCGGCGGUCCAAAUUGGCACUGGGGUGGCCAGCACGGGGCGUGCCCUUGGUGCAGCUCUGAGAGCCGCCCCGCAUCAAGUCGCGACUCAAACUCGAGAUGCUGUUGUGUACUACCGUCAUGCCCCCACUGCCCUGCGGCGUGAGCUCGUGUCAGGGUUUACCAUUGCCGUCCUGCAAAUUCCCGAAUCGGUGGCCUUUUCCUUUGUCGCCGGCCUGGACCCCAUUUACGGUCUUCGGGCCACCAUUUUUAUAGGUUUCAUCGCCGGCCUCCUUGGCUCUCGCCCAUGCAUGGUUAGCGGCGCCGCCGGCGCCAUGGCCGUAAUUUUAGCGGACCUCACGGGCCCUGGUGGCGUGUGGCGUGACGGGCAGUUUAGCGAUCAGGAAGUGAACAGCCUUGUCAACAUCACUCUCAUGAUCACCGGCGGUUUGCAGGUGGCAAUCGCCAUUCUGGGUUUGGCCCGCUUUGCGCGCCUCAUCCCCUUUACAGCCAUGAUUGGCUUUAUGAAUGGGCUGGCCAUCAUCACUCUCAUUUCUCAGCUCGCCUCCUUCAAAGAGUGUCCGGGCGCCACGUACGACGUUUGCGCCCGUGCCGAUACGCUCGAGUGGAUGCCCAUCAACGAUGGUCGCACCUGGAUGGUGAUUCUGGAAAGUCUCAUGUCCACAGCCAUCACGGCGCUCCUUCCUCGUUGGCGUGCCAUGCACCGCUAUGUGCCUGCAGCCCUCGUCUCCCUUGUCCUGGUGACCGUCUUUGAGCAUGCAAUCAAUCGCCCGGCCAUUGGCCUCCCGACCCGUACAGUCGGAGAAACGGCCCCUCUCCCCGGCAAUUUUGCGGCUCCUCGCUUUCCCACCAAACCCGAGGCAGCCGACUGGGGCACCAUGCUGCAGUACAGCGCUAUCCUCGCCAUGGUUGGAGCUAUCGAAUCCAUCGUCACCUCCGAGGCGGUAUCUGAACUGCUCCAAGAGCCCGGUGACCGUUGGGCCUCAACACGCGAAUGUGUGGCCCAGGGCUUGGGUAACUUUGUUUCGGGCCUGUUCAGCUCUAUGGGUGGGGACGCCAUGAUCGGGCAAUCCACCGUCAAUGUCAUGAACGGUGCUAGACAUCGCCUUUCGUCCACCUCGGCCUCGGUCUUCCUCAUUAUCAUUGUUGUAGCGCUGGCGCAUGCCAUUGAGAUUGUGCCCGUGGCUUGCCUCAGCGGCAUUCUCUUUGUCAUUAUCAGCAAGACCUUCCACUGGCCCACCUUUCGUCUGCUGUUUCAGCUGGCCUGGCCUGAUAGCUUGGGGAUCAUCCUCGUCACGGUGCUAGCCGUCACCACAAAUCUGGCGUAUGCCGUCUUGGCCGGUGUUGUUUGGCGUGCACUGGUUCACGCCUAUGCCAGUGGCGAGCUUAUUCACUGCCGCACUGAGCUGCGCCCUGCUUCCGGUGAUCCUGACAAAGCCGAUAAGCCGGGCACACCGCAGGCAUCACAGAAGCCGGACCACCAGAACGGCGAUCCACUGCCCUUUGCUUCUGCAGAGAGGAAGCGAACAGACAGUGGAGCCUCUCUGUUGAGCACCGAAGGCGCGACCCCGUCCACUACCAUCGUUAUUGCCGACCCGACCGAAACAACGAUGCCCGACGUCCAAGAGAACGGCUGUCCCUCGCCGGCAGAUAGUGGGACUGAUGUAGCCAGCCCGCACCAAUUGCAGGAAAAGGUCUACUACUUUAGUGGACCGCUGUUCUUUGGUUCGGCCUCAACCUUUCGGGGUGCCUUUGACCCGGCCCACGACCCCAGACGCGUUGUCAUUGACUUUUCCGCCGCACUGGUGUCUGACUUUUCCGCUAUUUCGGCAUUGCGUGGAGUCUGCAAGCGUUACCAGCAACUCGGAAAGAAGGUCGUGGUUCAAGGCCUCGACGCUUACGGACGCGCGCACAUGCUCCGGCAUCACAAGCUGCGCUACUUUGCUGACCCGCAUGUCAGCCGAGAUGACAUGGACAUGGAUCCAGCAGGUGUGCCGAUGGAUAUAGCAGGUGUGCCGAUGGAUCCAGCAGAUGUGCAGAUGCCUCCUCUCAACAUGCUUCAUAUAUUCCAGCCCGAAGGGGAUGAGCUAGGUCAACUCGCGCAGACGCCCUUGAGUGACGAUGUUGUCCGGCAGCUUUCAAGUCUUCGGCGACGCCCGACCACUUGUGUCUCACAGGCGCUGCUUCGUGACUGCGAACUUGACGUUGACGCACGUGACGAGCAGAAUGGUUGGACGCCGCUGCACUUUGCCUGUCGCUACGCACACCCAGAGAUCGCGCGCGUACUGCUCCGGGACUUUGGCGCCAGCCUCUCUGCUGCAACGACAGAAGGAGAUUUGCCCUUGCACUGCGCAUGCAAGCACGGCGAUCCCGGCAUUGUACGGCCUCUUGUGCAAGACGAGCGUGCGGACGUCAACGUAUGCAACAAGGUUCGAUUUGUGCUCGAUCUGUGCCCGCGCAUCUGCCCUUUGAGUCCCACUGGCGGAGAAACUGGCACUCAAUGCUUUCACUGA